AUAUGAGGCUUGAGUCUAGUAAUCUAUCAACUUAAGCUUUUGGGUUGCAGAUGAGUUCAAGUCUGUAUAGGUGCAAGUGAAUAUUUUACAAAAUUCAUGGCAAUCAACACUCUGGCCAACCGUAUAUCUGUUUCAAACAGCAUAAGCUCCGAUGAUCGACCAGAGUGAGGCACCUGCGUACCUGUGGUUAAUUAAUUAGUUAUGGGUUUUCGGCAAUGGAAAUAGCCAAAAUGUGUGUUCUACUUUGUUCUGUUUGCUUUGUGUUUUGUUAUUCGCACCCGAAGAUGCAUGAGCUGUCUGAUAAUCUACUAAUGGUAAAUUUGGGAUUCUCCUCAACACUGCGUUAGGGGCUGCUAUAUAUAUCCCCUCAUCUAUGUUUAUGUGAACUAACAAUAACACCCAACGUACGUACAUACGUCCCUUCUGGCCAUAAGCCCUGCAAUCUCCGCAUUGAGCCUAGACAUGGAAGUCGUCUGCCCCUUCAAGAUGUUCCUAAUUCCCAUUUGCCGGGAACGUGUGUUUAAGGGGUUGGUCAUCGACGCACACAAUCUCAUCCCUGAGCUGGCCCCUCAUAUCAUGAAGAGCAUCAAAACCGUCCAUGGAGAUGGAGGACCUGGAACCAUCAGGGAGUGCACCUACAAUGAAGAAUCUGGAUACUCAGGCCUUACGAGCACAUUGAGGAUUGACAUCCUCGAUGCAGAAAACUUCGUUUACAGGCACACCAUAAUCAAGGGCGUGGUAUACGGGAGGAUGCAUUCGGUGGUCCAUGAGAUGAAAUUCGAAUCUUUAGGCCACGACAAAUGCAUAUGUAAGGUGUCAACUGAGUACCAUCUGAAGGAAGGUAUCACGUUCCCAGAAGAGGACGUCCUGAAGGGCGGCAGACUCGUUAUGGGGCUCUGCAAAACCAUUGUAGAUUACCUUGUUGCAAACCCCAAUGCCUACGCUUAGACCAUGUGAUGGAAUUUCACUCCGUUUUUUUUUUUUUAAUCCAGUUAGCUUCCUUCUGAUUUUGAUGUAAUUACCCACAAUCAGUUUCGAGACUCUAAGCUUAUUAGAAUGAGUAGAUAUAUACUUCUUCAUAGAUAAGAUUGAAGUUUUCAUUAUUAGGUGAAAUUGCAAUUAAAUUUUCCAGAUCAGAUCAAAUUCCUCUAGGCGUUUGUCCAGAUUCCAUUGCACCAG